AUGAAUUUACGGCACGCCUCUAAAUCCUACCAAUUAGGACGAUUCGCGUACAGACAUGUUAUCGCCGGCCAGAGGAAUCGGGUAUUUUAUCCACAAAUCGCAACAAAUUCACUCUACACAACAAGCUUGAGGUAUGCAGCCACAGACAGAAGUAAAGUUGAAUAUACAUUAAAAAUGCUACGAGAAGACGUGCAGAAACAAGAUGAAGAAGCCCAGAAAGUGUUGAGUUUAAUGAAAUCAGAUAAAGAAGUUGCGACAGUAAAGCCACCGCUGAAGGAUCGAAUUAUGCACGAAUUAAAACACUACUAUCAUGGAUUCCGAUUGUUAGCUCUCGAAACGCGUGUGAGUGCUAAAUAUCUGUGGAGAGUACUUCGAGGAGCCACACUGACACGUCGUGAACGACAACAACUCGUCCGAACAGUUUCCGAUCUAUUCCGACUCGUACCAUUCUCUUUCUUCAUCAUUGUCCCAUUUAUGGAGUUGGCUCUACCGAUUUUCAUUAAACUGUUUCCCGGAAUGUUGCCAAGUACUUUCCAGGAGACAAGCAAAGAGGAAGAGAAAUGGAGGAAGCAAGUGAAACUUCGUGUCGAAAUGGCCAAGUUCCUGCAAGAUACGAUUGAAGAGAUUGGUCUCGAAAGGAAAACUCGCAACAAAGAAUCGACUCGUUCGCUUGAGUUUGCUCUUUUUAUUAAAAAAGUCAGAAACGAAGGUGGAUACGUGUCUAACGAGGAACUCCUGAAGUUCUCGAAGCUUUUCGAAGAUGAGCUAACACUUGAUAACUUGAGUAUGGGACAACUCCGUUCCCUUUGUCGUUUGAUGAGCAUCAACUCAUUGGGAUCUCCGGAAAUUCUCAGAUUCCAACUGAACAUGAAGAUUCGAGAACUGAAAGCUGACGAUAAGCAGAUUGCCGCUGAAGGAGGUGUAGAUGCUCUCAGUUCGAUCGAUUUGCAAUCAUCCUGUCGUGCACGUGGAAUGAGAGCCAUCGGAGUGAGUGAAGAAAGACUUAAAGAGCAACUCGUUCAGUGGUUGGAGCUCUCACUAAAUGACAAAGUUCCGCCAGCUCUGCUUCUUCUUUCGAGAACUCUGUACCUCCCAGAAGAAGUGUCAUUCCCAGAUCGCCUCAAAGCUAUUGUUCAAAACUUGCCAGACGGACUCGCCGAAACUACUGUACAAAAACUCACAGAAAUGGAAGGAGGACAAAUUGAUCACAAGGCUCGUAUCGAGUUGAUCAAAUCGAUUGAACAGGCGAUUGCCAACGAGAAGAAGGCAGAGGAGAAGAAGAAGAAGGAUGCAGAAGCUGCACUCAAGUCGAAGGAAGAAGCCGAAAAGGAGAAGGAGGCCGAGAAGGAGAGAUUGGUAGAUGUCGCUGCUGAGGCGAUUGUGAAUGAAUUGAAUGAGCACAUCGCUACAGCCGUUGCAUCUUCAUCUACAGCAGAAGCGAAGGAAACUGCAGCUAAGCAAGUGGAAGCCAAGGAGACAAAGAAAGAAGAUAUCCACGUGGACAAGAAGGAUCUUUCUCAUAUUGAGGAGAUUAUUGUUGGUGGACCUAUCAAGGAAGCGAAGCACGACAUUCUUGGAUUGCGUGAAAAGGUUCUGGAACAUAAGGAAGACCUCAUGGAGAUCAAUUCCUUGGAUGGUGCAUUCGCUGAAACGAAGAUCGCCAAACGCCUCCGUCACAAACUGAACUCCAUGAUUGAAGAUGUUGAUUCGAUGGUUGAUAAACUGGAAGACGAAAAGAGAAACAUCCGUGAAAUGCUUAUCGAUCCAGCUGUCGAAAACAGCGCGGACAACAAAAAAGAACGGGAAGUUAGAAUUCAAGACGUUAUCGAUUCACUGGCCAAAUUGAAAGAAAGCAAGGGAGAGAAAGUGGAUGACGUGGAACAGAGAGAAAGAAUCGAAACUCUUUUGAAAGCUAUUGAUGAAGAUGCUGAUGGAAUCGUCGACAAACAACUGGUGUUGGAAGUCAUCGAACUGCUCGAAAAGCAUACGGAUGUUCAUGUCUCUGCUGCUCAAAUGGCUUCGAUGAUUGGAACAUUGAAGAAAGAGGACGAAGUGGCUGGAUUGACUGAGGAAAUCAGGAAAGUUCAAUCUGGAAACUAUCAAAUGCCUAUUCUGCCAACAGGACCAUCUUCUGCCGACGCCUUCAACCAACCACAAGGAUUACCACAGACGAAACGAGCAGACACGGAGAAAUUAGAAGAAGAGGUACAAAGAAAGCAGCAGGUAGAAAAUGGAACAGUUGAUAUUCCUGAUGUCGAUACAAAGGUGACGUCCACCCUUCAGCAAAACUCCAAAUCAUCAUCGACGAAAACGACGGAUCCUAAAUCGGGCUAA